AGACCUCGUCGUUACCCUAUUUUCGGGAAUGUGUUCGACGCUUGACAGGAAAGGUUAGUCGAUCAUGAAGACUGAAGCACGGUUUGUACCACUGUGAAGUGAAGUUUGUUUUGAAAAUAAAUCUCGUGGAGUAAGCCUGAUACUAUCAGAGAUUAUUUUGAAGUUAAAUUGCGAGCGCUUGACAUCAACAAAAUACCAAGAGGAAGUGUUCAAACGUCUGUAAUGAUCGAAAUUAAACGGAAGUAGCUUUGCCUGACGAGUGUCUGGAUGCCAGAACUAGCAGUCAUGGAGCUGGGCAGGCAACUGUGUGGGAAGAUGAAAAAACAGAGGAAGGCAGAGAUGACUGUUCUGACUGUCAUGAAAGGACUGGAAAUCCACUUCUACCUGCCUGACACACACCAGCUCGAGUACUUCAAAGACUGUCACACCGCUGAAGACCUGUGCGUGGAGGCUGCAAAGAGAAGCCACAUCUCACCUUUGUGCCACAACCUCUUUGCAUUGUAUGAAGAGAGCCAGGAUCUCUGGUAUGCUCCCAAUCAUGUGUUCAAGAUCACGGAGGAGACCAACAUCAAACUUCAUUACCGUAUGAGGUUUUAUUUUACAAAUUGGCAUGGCACUAGUGAGACAGAAUCUCCAGUUUGGAGACACUCACUUUUCAAGCAGAAAGGGGUUUCAGUCUCUCCAAAAGGCCCUGAGGGGACACCUCUACUGGAUGCUGCAUCUCUCGACUACCUGUUUGCACAGGGCCAGUAUGACUUUCUGAGGGGACUUGCUCCAGUGCGCGUUCCCCAGAAUGAGGCAGAGUUUCAUGAGAUAGAGAAUGAGUGUUUGGGAAUGGCUGUUUUGGCCAUUACCCAUCAUGCAAAGAGCAAUGAUCUGCCCUUAUCAGGAGCUGGAGCUGAGACCAGCUACAAGCGAUUCAUUCCGGACAGUCUGAACCGGACCAUUAAGCAGCGUAACUUCCUCACACGUAUACGUAUCAACAACGUUUUCAAGAAUUUCCUCAACGAGUUCAAUAGCAAGACCAUCCAGGACAGCAACAUAACCCUUUAUGACCUGAAGGUCAAGUAUCUCUCCACUCUCGAAACUUUGACCCAGGGCCUGGGUCGGGAGACCAUUGAGCCCAAGAGUCUGAAAGUAUCUGGUGAGAGCGAGGGAUCUCCGGCCCUCACACUUCCUUCGGGGGAUGACGGACUGGGCUAUGAAGUGCAAGUAUCUGGAACCACUGGGAUCUCCUGGAGGAGAAAGCCUGUACCGAAUAUUCUGAUAGUGAAAGACAAAACCAAAUCUAAAAAGAACAAGGCCGACAACAAGCAGAAGAAUGACAAAAAGAAAGACAGCGGAUGGACGCUUUUCUCAGACUUUUUCGAAAUCACCCACAUUGUCAUUAAGGAGUCUUGUGCCACCAUUUACAGACAAGACAAUAAAACCAUGGAGUUGGAUCUUUAUUAUCGUGACGCUGCUCUGUCCUUUGCUGCACUGGUGGACGGUUACUUCAGAUUGAUUGUAGAUGCUCAUCAUUACCUGUGCACUGAAGUCGCACCCUCAUCAGUGGUCCAGAAUUUAGAAAAUGGCUGUCAUGGACCUAUCUGCACAGAGUAUGCCAUUCAUAAACUCCGUCAGGAGGGGAAUGAAGAAGGAACCUACGUCCUGCGCUGGAGCUGCACAGACUAUAACUACAUCAUAAUGACUGUUGUCUGCCUUGAGAUGGACCUAUGUGAAUCCAGGCCUGUUCCCCAGUACAAGAACUUCCAAAUUGAAACUAGUCCUCAAGGUUACAGACUGUAUGGGACAGAGACAUUUAGGCCUACUCUGAAGGAGCUUUUGGAGCACUUACAGGGCCAGAACCUGCGCACAGAGAACCUGCGUUUCCAGUUGCGCCGCUGCUGCCCACCACAACCCCGAGAAAUUUCCAACCUAUUAGUGAUGACCACAAACCGAGAGCCCGCCCCACAGAGACAACUUCAAGUCAGCCAGCUGAGUUUUGACCGCAUCCUUAAGGAGGAGAUUGUACAGGGUGAGCAUUUGGGACGCGGAACCAGAACCAACAUCUAUGCUGGGAUUCUAAAGCUAAAGACUGAGGAUGAUGAUGACAUGGGAGGAUACUCACAGGAGGUGAAAGUGGUCUUGAAAGUGCUGGGCUCAGGACACCGAGAUAUCUCUCUGGCCUUCUUUGAGACAGCUAGCAUGAUGCGUCAGAUCUCUCAUAAACACAUCGCCCUGCUCUACGGAGUGUGCGUUCGCCAUCAGGAGAAUAUCAUGGUGGAGGAGUUUGUCCAGUAUGGUCCUCUGGAUCUGUUCAUGCGCAGACAGAGCACACCUCUCAGCACUGCAUGGAAGUUCCAGGUCGCCAAACAGUUGGCGAGUGCCCUCAGCUAUCUGGAGGAUAAGAAGCUGGUUCAUGGAUAUGUGUGCAGUAAGAACAUUCUGGUGGCUCGAGAUGGUCUGGUUGGAGAGGGAGGACCCUUCAUCAAACUGAGUGACCCCGGCAUACCCAUUACUGUCCUGAGCAGAGAAGAGUGUGUGGACAGGAUUCCUUGGAUCGCUCCUGAGUGUGUACAGGACACUGCUAAUCUGAGCAUAGCAGCCGAUAAAUGGGGCUUCGGGACAACUCUGUGGGAGAUCUGUUACAACGGAGAGAUACCUCUCAAAGACAAAAAGCUCACAGAGAAGGAGAGGUUUUAUGCAGCCCAGUGUCAGUUGGCCACCCCUGACUGUGAGGAGUUGGCCAAACUCAUGACCCACUGUAUGACCUACGACCCUCACCAGAGACUCUUCUUCAGGGCCAUUGUCAGAGACAUUGACAUGGUGGAGAAACAGAACCCGUCCAUUCAACCUGUUCCCAUGCUAGAGGUGGACCCUACAGUAUUUGAGAAGAGGUUCCUCAAGAAGAUCAGAGACCUUGGAGAGGGUCACUUUGGAAAGGUGGAGUUGUGCAGGUAUGACCCGCGGGGAGAUCGGACCGGAGAGCUGGUGGCCGUGAAGUCUCUAAAGCCAGAGAACCGAGAAGAGCAGAGCAGUAACCUGUGGCGUGAGAUUCACAUUCUGAGAGAACUUUACCACGAGAACAUUGUCAAAUAUAAGGGCAUCUGCCACGAAGAGGGUGGGAGGUCCAUUAAACUCAUCAUGGAGUUUUUGCCAGCAGGCAGUCUGAAGGAAUACCUCCCAAGAAACAAAGCUCACAUAGACCUUAAAACCCUGCUCAACUAUGCUGUACAGAUCUGCCAGGGCAUGGACUACCUGGGCUCUCGCAACUACAUCCACAGAGACCUGGCGGCCCGGAAUGUUCUGGUGGAGAAUGAAAGCACGGUGAAAAUUGGAGACUUCGGCCUGACCAAGAGCAUUAAGGAUAACGAGGGUUAUUACACGGUGAAAGACGAUUUGGACAGUCCGGUGUUCUGGUAUGCUCCAGAGUGCCUGAUCCACUGCAAAUUCUACAGGGCGUCUGACGUCUGGUCUUUUGGAGUGACCAUGUAUGAGCUGCUCACAUACUGUGAUACCUCAUGCAGCCCAAUGUCGGUGUUCCUUAAGAUGAUUGGUCCAACACACGGCCAAAUGACUGUUACUCGAUUGGUCAAAGUCCUGGAGGAGGGAAAGAGACUUCCAAAACCAGACGGCUGCUCAGAGAGGUUGUACAGUCUGAUGAGGAGAUGCUGGGAGGCCACACCUGAAAAACGGAUCGACUUCAAAGGCCUGAUUACUGACUUUCAGCAGAUGAUUGACUGUCAGUAACUUUGGAAAUACGAUGGAACGCUUUUUUUUUGAAAGAGGCAGUCCCAGAGAGUCCCGUUCAUCCCAAGAAAAAAAAAAAAGUAUAAAUGUGCAGUGUAGCACUCUUUAAAUAUACUCUCUAUCUCUCACCUUAUGACCUCUGAAACUGCAGAACUUUUGAAAUAGCCAAAAAAAGACACCGGUAGAACCACUGAAUACUGUCUGGCCACUCUUUGAAUAUGCAAAUAUGUAACUGCCAGUCUCGAGUCGCUCAUUUUUUUUCUUCAAGUUCAAAUGCGGACUGGUGCAAAAAGGAAGGUGAAUCAGGAAUUUUGACUCGCGACACUCUCAGCUUCAUAUUGUGCCUCAGUUUGACAGCAGCCACCGUGAUGCAUGUAUGAAUAAGCCAUUAUUGGGUGCAUUACAGCAUGCGCUGUAUGGAUUCUGCCCAUUGUCAGGUAUAUGCAACGACAGAGACUGAACCCCCUUGUGAAAAAAAAAGAGGAAGACGAGGAGAGUGUCAGAAUGUAGAUUUAUUAAACGUAUGUUCCACAGUUCGAAGCUUUGAUAAAUGUAUGUUGAGUGGAUUAUGCGCCUUCUCAUAAGGCGAGCAAUGUUAUGCUCUCAAAGACUGUAACUUUGUCAGACUUGGAGCGGACAGCUGUCCUUCUUGGGAAACUCCAAACGUUGCUGGAUUACCGGAGAACUUUGAAAUAGCAUGCACCGGUCAAGAUGCACUAUGCUGUCACAUUCUAACGACUGUACUUCCUCUCUGAGCUUCACAUUUGCCACGGAAAACUGAAGAGGAUGAUUCUGACUGAGUUCAGCAUGUGGAAGGCUAUUUGGCAAGGAGAAUAUGGGUUUAAUGUAAGGCCUAGAAUUAGGCACUAGGGGGCAGUAGAGCUUACGAAAUAUCUAAAAGAAAACAAUUCACAUGUUGUGCAAAUUAUAUUCCAUGCUCCGCUUUCUUUCAGAAACUGAAUAAACUGUGUCAGAAGAAUACCUUA